GAAGCGACAGGCACCCGCUCAGCUCUCUGGAUUGUGUUUUCUUCACAUGUUUGGGUAGACACCAUGAUGAAAGGGGAAGAUUCAGGGGAAGUGGAGAUUGAUUUGGGCGACUCCAGUGACCCUGAUGAAUUUGAUAACGGGGAGGAACCUCAGAUGCUGUGGAGGGCCCCUCCUGCCCAGGAAGAAGAGGAAAACAUCCAUACGUCUACACUCGUGGAAAUCAGUGAUACCAAGCCUCUGAUUAAUGUCAGGGACCCCCGAGGUAUCAAUGACUGCCUCAAGGUGACGUUUGAGGAUGUGAUUGCUGAGCCGGUGUCAGUGCGCAGUGGGGACAGAGUGUGGAUCUGGAGUAACGCCCUGUUUGAGGUGUCCAGGGUUUGGAUCUACAGGAUAGUCACAGUGCUUCUGGCCGUUCCGGUGUCAAUUAUCUCUGGUCUCCUCUUCGCCAUCCUCAGCUGCUUCCACAUCUGGAUGGUUGGUCCUUGUGUCCAGUGCGUCUUCAUUGGCACACACUGGCUGCAGAGCCUGUGGAGCAUUGUGCUGGACGUCAUUGUGCGUCCCUUCCUCUUGAGCGCUGGGAGAUGCUGCAGAGGAUUCAGCAUUCACCUGGCCAAAGAAUAAGACUCACACAUCCGGACCUGGAUUGGUCAUUAUGAUGUUCUAGUGGACUGAGCCCAAGAUGGCACUCAUGUUUGAUUCUUUAAUGUUUAAUUCAAAAUAAAAUGUCUAGAACUUUAUACUACAUGUUUUCCACAGUUAAGAUAGCAGUGUUGGCUAAAGUCCAACAAUAUCUGCUGGCCCUUUUUAAUGAUUAAACAAGGCUGGCGACAUUCUCAAAGAAUAAUUUGGACCUGACACAGUGGCAAAAAGAAGGUGAUGUGAUUCUUAAUUUCAUCCUCAGGAUGUGAAAUCCCUUUGGUGAGACCAAAAAGAGGAGAGAGUUCUUAAAAACUGAGCACAGCGUCAGGAAACAGAGUGUCUUCAAUAAGCCUGCAGUAUUUUUCUCACACCGACAUCACUGUGGGAUUCUGAUUUUUAGACUUUGGAGUAAUUUCAGCAUAAUUUGUCAUGCAAAUUGAAUGUUGUGUCAUCUUUUUGUCAUGAUACCUGUGUUUGCUUUUAAAUUUUGUUUAUUCCUAAAAGAGUUUAAAAAGCUCAAGGAACAGAAAUGCACAAUUAAUAGGCUUUAAUUUGAAAAUUGUGUUCGUGAUUACAAACCUAAGAAUAUUUAGUUCUGCAGAAGAGAAGAAUAACUUUCUUUUCACUGUUAAACUGAGUGAAAGGCCAGUUGGAGGCAGUGGGUCUAAUCAGCAUUAAUAGAGCAUCCUACAAACACAUAUAGCCUCUAUAUGAGUUGGGAAACUGGAUCCAUCUCCAAAAAACUAUAAUUUACAGCCAUUGCAACCCAUUAAUUCUCCACUUCAGACUCAUUUAAACAGAUAUUUAAACCAUUUCCUAUUACACCACUAUUGCAUGGAUAAUAUGAAGACCAGCAGGAUAGAGUAAAGAUUGAUUUGUAGGCUUUGAAAUAUCAUCCCCUUCAUUUAUUGUUUUAAGCUAGAACAUAAGAGUUAAAGGCAAGUUUUGUAUUUAAUGACUUGGGUUUUAUAUAAAUUUAUAUAAACAAUAUGCAGGUGCUGCUUUUUUCUCUCUUUG